AUGUCAGGAAUUUCCCCGGCGCUCGCCAAGAAGUUUGCGAUACGGCACAAGGACAAUGUCAAGGCUAUUGAGGGAUUUGCGUUUGCCACGCUUGCUAUUGCAGGCAUUUUCAUUCUUCUUCAUCUUUCAAGAAACGCGUAUCAUAGCAUCCGGCGUCGGCAAAAGAGCAGCGCUGCCAUGACCGUGCUGUCGGCACCCAUGAGAAUCUUUCGAAAACUAUCGAACUAUUCGUUUCCCUUCUUUCCGUCGACAGGCCAUGCUUUCGCCAUUGCCACUUACGUUACACUCAACGUUGUCUUUCUCUUCACCUUUAUGAACAAUAAGAAUUUCGGCAUCCAAACCAACCUUGCAUCCAGAACAGGAUGGCUCUCCAUGACCAACAUGCUCUUUUCUGUCUUUCUUGCCCUGAAAAAUACCCCCUUGGCAUGGCUCACAGCGUGGUCCUACGAACGUCUCAACAUAUUGCACCGAUACUCUGGCUUGUUUGCAGUCUUGCACAUGAUUAUCCAUGCUUGCUGCUAUUCCGCCUACUUUGUUGGCGAAGGGGAGCCUAGUAUGUUGACUAUGCAGACCAGCAUUUACGGCAUUCUCGCUGGCUCGUCAUUCUUUAUCCUUGGCCUGAGUGGCAUUGUUCUUCGCCCCUGGUGGUAUGAGCUGUUUUACUACACCCAUAUCAUUUUUUUCACCCUCGCUAUUGUGAUGGUUGGCCUCCAUCAACCCUCCAUCGUUGACGGCUUCCUCGUCAUCACUAUUCUCACCGGAGUUAUGUGGGCUCUUGACAGACUCAUUCGCGUCUUCAGACUUGUCUUUUACAGCGCCAACAACAAGGUCAUCCUUACACCUCUUCCUAGUGGCGGUACCCGUGUCACGCUGGCCAAGGCACCUCUUGGUGCACUCUCGGGAAAGCAUUGCUUCUUGUGGAUCCCUGCCAUUCGCUCCUUCGAGACGCAUCCAUUCACUAUAACCGCCAUGGACCCUCUCGAAUUUGUUGUGACAGCGCAUGACGGAUUCACGAAGGAAUUGCAUGACCGUGCUGUUGCGCAGCCUGGCGUCGAGCUUAAAGUAUCUGUUGAGGGCAGCUACGGUACAUUCCCGAAGCCCUCAGAUUUUGACAAUGUUGUCCUGAUUGCCGGUGGCACUGGUGCCAGUUUUACUUUCGGAGCUGCCUUCAAUGCUCUGAAGCAGCUGCAGGAAAAGAACACUUCCAAAAUCAUGUUUAUCUGGACUGUUCGUCAUCGAUCUAUCCUAAGCUGGUACGCAAGCCACCUCCAGACUCUGAGCAGAGAUAGCCGAGUCUCUGUCCACAUUUUUGUCACCAAGGGCAGGGACCCUCUGGCAAGCAGCGGAAACUCGAUGACAGAGUCCGAGGACGGGCGCUUGGACACUAUUCAGACACCGAGUGAUGAGAUCUCGCCUACCAACGCUUCCUCUGCCUCGAGCAUGUCCGGGGAUGCCGAAAAGGGUGUUGUCACUAUUUUGGAAUCGGACAUGGACAGCUAUGCUGGGAUUCCUAUUACGUGGAAGCGUCCUGACGUGCCGGCUAUGAUCCGCGGCGUCGUCGCAGAGGCCGCCAGACACCAGAGCGUUUUGGUCAUGGGCUGCGGACCAAGCGCUCUGAUGACACAAAUUCGCAACACCACGGCCGAGUGCAUUCGGGUAGACGGUCCCACUGUAGAGCUGCACUGCGAGCAAUUUGGGUGGUAA